CGGAAGUAAAAGGUGAAAUCCAUUGACUUCUUCAGACAACUGUGUGGACUACACUUUAUCGAGCUGGCUAACAGGCAACGGAACGCUAAGUAUUGUCCUGACAGAGGAACAGUAUGGCAGCGGCUGUGCUGAGGAGCUGGGGGAGAGUUGUGCUGAAAAUAGGACCGAGAGGAGCCGCUUGUCUUACGCCUCGGGCCUCCGGAGGUCUCAGGCAAAAGUCUACAGUGCAGUUUGCGACACGGCCAGACCAGCCAAAGCUGGCCUAUCGGAAGGUGAAGGGAAAGAGCCCGGGCGUGGUCUUCCUCCCAGGCUUCUCCUCCAACAUGAGUGGGCAUAAAGCAGAGGCACUAGAGGAGUUCUGCAGGUCUUUAGGCCACUCCUACCUGAGGUUUGAUUACACGGGCUGUGGGGCGUCGGAGGGCGUGUUGGCCGAAUGCACAGUCGGCAGCUGGAAGAGAGAUGUUCUGUAUGUGCUGGAUGAACUUGUGGAUGGUCCACAGAUCCUGGUGGGCUCGGGUAUGGGCGGCUGGCUCAUGCUCCUGGCAGCCAUCGCCCGUCCAGAGAAGAUCUCGGCCCUGGUGGGCAUCUCCACCGCAGCCGAUCACUUUGUCACAGCCUUCAAGUCGCUUCCUUUAGAGGUGAGGAAGGAGGUGGAGGAGAAAGGCGAGUGGACCGUGGCCACCAAACUCAACGAGGAAGGCUCCUACACGCUGAGCAUGGACUUCCUGCACGAGGCGGAGAACCACUGCGUGCUGCAGUGCCCCAUCCCGGUGACCUGCCCGGUGCGCCUCAUCCACGGGCUGAAGGACCUGGACAUCCCCUGGCACAUCUCCAUGCAGGUGGCGGAGCGCGUCCUGGGCUCGGACGUGGACGUCAUCCUGCGCAAGCACGGACAGCACCGCAUGGGCGAGAAGGACGACAUCAAGCUGAUCGUCUACACCAUCGACGACCUCAUCGACAAACUGACCACCUUGGUGUGAGCGGGGGGAGGCGACCCCCUCCCAGGUGACUACACCGUUCCUCCCUCAGGCCGGGUUUGACCCUAUCGUGCAAGUACAGGAGAGAGGAGCGGAAACGAGGCUGCAGACUGUGAAAAAAGAAGCUUGUCUAUAACGUGCGCCUUACGAGUGGUUUUUAAUCAUUUUUUUUUUUUGGUUCCUGUUUAUUCAGUGUUGUCUUUGUAAAAACCUUGGUCAUGCUGCUAUUUUCGGUCAACAGAGUACAGCCCCCCUUCCCCCCGGAGGUCUGUUCUGCUCAAACGCCAGGUUGCAUAAUUCUCUACCUGUGCCUUUUUUUUUUUUUAAAAACACUUUUCACACUGUUUCCCAUUGUUAAUUCACAUAAUAAACCAUAUGUUUCCCCAA